AUGGCUGAAGCCCAGCUGUUUGUGUCACAGGACGAGUUCACCUGCUCGGUGUGUCUGGACACCCUGACUGACCCCGUCACCAUCCUCUGUGGCCACAGUUUCUGUCUGAAGUGCCUCACGGACUGCUGGGAUCAGAGCCAAGUGUUUAGCUGUCCUCAGUGCAGACACACCUUCACCACCAGGCCAGAGCUGAACAGAAACACUCUGCUGAAUGAAGUCAUCAAGAAAUUUAAGAGACCUAGACUAAGUCCUCCUCUGUCUCAGAAUUAUGCCGGCCCUGGAGACGUGGAGUGUGACUUCUGUACUGGUAAGAAGUUCAGAGCAGUGAAGUCCUGUCUCACCUGCCCAGCCUCCUACUGUCAGACUCACCUGCAGCCUCACUAUGAAGGAGACGCCCUGAAGCACCACAAGCUGGUUGAUCCUGAUAGAAAUCUGAAGGAGAAACUCUGUGAGAAACAUCAGAAAAGUCUGGAGAUAUUCUGUAAAACUGAUGAUUCCUGUAUCUGUGUGAUGUGUGUGGUGACUGGACAUAAAAAUCAUGAAAUGGUCGAGCUGGAGACGGAAAGGGAAGAAAAGCAGAAACAGCUGGGGGCGACACUGAAUGACAUUAAGAGGAGACUUGAAAAGAGACAGAAGACACUGAAGGAGACGAGGAGGAUGAUGAACAAGAUGAAGAUGUCUGUGGUAAGAGAGGUGGAAGAAAAUGAGAAGAGCUUCACUGCUCUGAUACGGUGCAUUGAGGAAGCCAACAGGAAACUGACUGAGAAGCAAGUUAUUUAUGACAUGGGGCAAAAGAGAGGAGAAGUUGCUGAAAGUCUGAUUGACCUCAACGUCAUGGUAAUUCCCACCGACUUUCCAGAAAGUGAGGACGCUUAUUUCGAUUCCGGAUCGGGGACUCCUUACCAGAACAACAACCUCCAAAAUGGCAACAAUCGAGACACCACAGCCAAAAACAAGUUUAACGAUAACACCAAGAAUUUUUAUGAGUGUGCGGACUGCGGGAAGAAGUUCCACUGCAAUGAUUGUGGAAAGUCAUUUGCGUGUAGAGCGUAUCUGCAGACGCACCAGAAGAUUCAUGCCGGAGUGAAGCCACAGGAUAAUGGGGAGGAGACUCAGGACCCGGGUGAGAUAAGGCGGGCGGUCCGGAGGUUUUAUGAGACUCUUUUUGCAACAGAGGAAGGUGAGGCUGAGGAACAGCAGACCUUCUUGAAGGAUUUACUGCACCUUCGUGAUGCAGACUCCGAAGAGCUGGAGAAGGAGUUGUGCUUAGGAGAGCUCACUGCUGCACUGAAAGAAUUGAAUAAUGGAAAAGUCCCAGGCAUUGAUGGCAUUCCAGUGGAAUUUUAUAAAGACUUCUGGGAUAUUAUUGGUCCUGAUGUAUUGGAGACUUUCUCAUCCUGCUGUGUCCUUCCUGCUGAUGAAGACUCGCUGAGCUUCACUGUCACCGCUGAUUUCUCAUCUGAGCUCCUGAGAAAAGAGCUGUCAGGUCUGACAAAGAGUCUGAAGAAGAUCAGUCAGGGGGACAUCAUGACAAGGACUCCAUCAGGACACUUUCUAGAGAUGGCCAGUCUGAGUAACUGGGAAGGAAGGACCUUGGCCAAGGAGGUGACCAAAAACCUUAUGGUCCCUAUAACAGAACUUCAGAAGUCCUCUACUAAGAUGAGAGAAACUGAACCUCAGAGCAGAGACGACUUUUUAAAAUACUUCUGUCCCCUCACACUGGACAUCAACACGGCACACAAGCACCUCCAUCUGUCUGAAGGGAACAAGAAGGUGACGUGGGAUUGGAAAGAGACUAAAUAUCCUGAUCAUCCUGACAGAUUUGAGUACUAUGAACAAGUUCUGUGCAGAGAGGCUCUGACUGGGACUCGCUGUUACUGGGAGGUGGAGUGCAGUGGACACUACGUGAGGAUUGGAGUCGCAUAUAAAGGACUGAGCAGGAAAGGACGGGGCAGGGAGUGCGGCUUUGGAAACAACGACAAGUCCUGGUGUUUGCAGGGUUCUCUUUCCAAGUACUAUGUGAGUCACAGUAACAAGCAGACUGUAAUCAGCGCCCCCUACAGCCCCAGAAUAGGUGUGUAUCUGGACUGGCCUGCUGGCUCUCUGUCAUUUUAUAGCGUCUCAUACACAAUGACCCUCCUGCACAGGUUCAACACCUCCUUCACUGAGCCCCUCUAUCCAGGA